AUGAUUGCGUAUUUGAAAGUGGGAGUGAGACAGAUAGCGAGAUGGCGAGACGUUCAUUUUGGAAGAUUUAGCUAUCACUCUGGAGUGGGGGUGUUUGGGCAUCGACCGCAUGAGGUGAAUGAAACUGCGGAUUUGUCAGACGAAAUAAUAGUCAAAAGAUACGAGAACUGCCGAGCUCAGCAACUUGUUAACGCUUAUCGCACAUAUGGCCAUCUACGAGCAAGUAUCGAUAAUGUUGAUUAUAAACAAGAGAACAGAAACAUCAAAGAGCUGAACUUAGCGAGAUAUGGCCUGGCUUCUGGAGAUCACGUAGAUUUAGGUUUAUUGUACGGCCACAGUGGAAAGCAGCCAGCCAACAAUCUAGUCGAACAAUUGGAGAAGAUUUACUGCGGACCUAUUUCGUACGAAUUUUCUUAUUUAGAAACAGAUGCAGAACGCGAAUGGUUCGCUCAGAGAAUAGAAAGUGGCUCCGAUACUAUCGGGAAGGAUCGACAAAGAGAAAUUCUGAAGGAGUUGCUAGAGACUCAAACGUGGGACAAAUUCCUUUCUACAAAGUAUCCCAGCGUAAAGAGAUAUUGUGGCGAAGGAGCCGAGUCUUUGUUAACAUUCUUUUCUACGCUUAUUCAACGAACUACUAGUGACGGCAUUGAAUAUAUAACUUUGGCGAUGGCUCACAGGGGUAAAAUAAAUUUGCUGACGAGCCAAUUGAAAUGUCCGCCCGUCAAGAUCUUUCACAAAUUCAAUGGGAACCCAGAAUUCCCCCCGGAUGCUAACUCGGCUUGCGAUAUAGCGACACACCUCAGUGCAUCUGUCGAUUUAACGGUGGAAGGGAAAACAGUGAGGCUGUCAAUGCUGAACAAUCCCUCACAUUUAGAGGCAGCAAAUCCUGUUUCGAUGGGAAAGGCUCGUUCGAGGCAGUUAAAAUUGCGAGAAGGAGGCUACUCUUUUAAAUAA